AUGACUUCAAGAUGGUGGACCGUGCAUGGAACUUCUGCAAAGGACUUGAAGAAGAUGGCUAUUAGAAUCUUGAGCUUAACUUGCAGUUCUUCGGCAUGUGAAAGAAAUUGGUCUGCAUUUGAGAGGGUACAUUCAAAGAAGAGGACCAGACUAGGCCAGAAGAAGUUGAAUGAUCUUGUUUAUGUGAUGUUCAACAAGAGGCUGGACUCCAAGUACUCUGAGAGGGAAAGGGACCCACUGCUUGCAAAAUACAUUGAAGAUGAGCCACCAAAUGAGUGGAUGUUGGAUGAAGAGCUACUACAAGAUGAUGAGUCAUCUGAAGAUGAAGCUGAAAUUGACAUCAAUUCAAAGGGGAAACAAAAAUCUGUAGCUUCAAGAACUAGAGGCAAAAGAGCUCGUACAAAUCAAGAUGUUGAAGAUGAGGAGGAAGUGGCAGAAGAAGAGGAAAUGGAAGAAGAGGAUGAGAACCAAGAAGAUGAGGAGGACAAUGAUGAAGACCAAGAAGUGGACAUCGAUCUGACUGUUGAAGAUGAAGAGGAUGGUGAAUGACUUGAAUCUUGCUUCUUACAUGAUCUGACUUGAAUCUGUUUUUAUUUUGCAUGAUGGUCGUGGCCUGAUGGUGUCGUGCACUCUUGUUGUCACUUGUCAACUUUGUUAAUGUGUCAUGCACUCAUUUCUGUUUUUCAUUCUGUGAUGGAUGGAUGGUAAUUAGGUCAUGGCUUGAUGGAUGUAGACUACAAAGUCUGAACUUAUUUAUUUGACGAUGAGUGCCUAUGAACCAAAUAUGCUGGUGGUUGUUGUUU